AUGUUCAAAUUUGCUUCGGUUUUCUGUGCGCUGUUCGCCGUGUGUGCCGCUGAGCACUUUUACGUCUACAACAAUGGCACCGAUCAGGCUUGCAUCAUUCUCGAUGGUGACUUUAAGUUCCAGCUUCAAUUUGUCAUUCAUAACAAAACCGAGCAGUUUACUGCCACUUAUAAUGAGACAGUCAGCUUCGAUGGGGAUUGCCACGCCGUUUAUCAAAACCAAUCCGCCCAGACCUUGAACAUCAAAUUCCGUCCUAAUGGUAUCUCUGCUCUUCGCUCGAAGCCGUGGGAGCUUAAUUUCGUGUUCGGCUCAUCGAGUAGCGAGGCCUUCAAGCUCAUUCACUACUCGCUCAGCACUCAGAUGACCGAAACCAUUCCAUAUUUCGGCCGCUUCGAAAGAGAUCCGAAUCAGCCAGGAGACGUCACUGCUAACGAGGUCAAUGGUUACAUGUGCCAAACAGCUCUUCUUGGUCUGACCGGUGAUUCGUCGAUGGAGAUUAAGGAUUCCAGAAUCAUUGCGUUCGCUCAGAUUAUCGGCGACAAAUUCCCGUCUGAUCAGAAGUUCGCCAAGUGCCUCGCCGAUUCCCAGACCAGCAAGGUUGUCCCAGCUGUCGUUGCCGCGUGCCUCGGAGUUCUCGUCAUCGCCGUUCUCGUCGCCUACCUCAUCGGACGUGCUCGUGCCAAGAGACAAGGAUACGCCAGCGUCUAA